AUGACGACCGCCGUGGCAUCACCUCCGAAUUUUCAAAACAUCUCUCGACUCAAUUGGAAUGGUAUUGGUGGUGCCGGUGGCGGGUUUUCGGCCAUGAGCACUGACGAAGUGUCUCGGAUGUUCAUGCCUCAGCGCAAGACCGUGCAGAGGAGUAAUUCAUCUUCAUCCCUUUCAUCCACCGGCUCUUCCAGUUCUACAGUGACUCUUACGCAAAAUGAUGUCUCCGGAGAUUCAACACAUGGAGCAAAGAAGAAAGCAAGAGGAGGAUUCUGGCCGGUAUCGAAAUCUGAAUCUACUUCGAGCGUGUCCAAUGCACGAGCAAACGGGUCCCUUCAAACCGCCAUCGGAAAUUCUCUGGUGGGGAAGAGUCAAGUACAGCCAGCUUUACCGAACCAAAGCCCUACCAGUCAAACAAAUGGAACACGGGUGGUGAAUGGACAAUCCACAGCCGAGCCUGCGGCGAUAUUGGCGUUGUUGCCAAUGAAUGGUACUUUCGAACGGAAACAGAUCAAUCUCCCUUUCUACCCAGAAGUCCUUCGCAUUGGGCGACAGACAAAUGCGAAGACGGUCCCCACUCCGGUGAAUGGAUAUUUCGAUUCCAAAGUCUUGUCUCGCCAACAUGCAGAAGUGUGGGCGGAUCGAAAUGGGAAAGUCUGGAUCAGAGAUGUAAAGUCGUCCAACGGAACAUUCGUGAACGGACAACGUCUCUCCCCGGAAAACAGAGAAUCCGAACCUCAUGAGCUUCGUCAACAUGAUACCCUGGAAUUGGGGAUUGAUAUUGUGAGCGAAGAUCAGAAAACUAUCGUUCAUCACAAAGUGUCCGCCAAAGUUGAAUAUGUUGGACUUCCUGGGACCACCAACAAUGUACUGGAUCUCAGCUUCGGCGAUCUCGACCCGUCCCUCGGUGGAGGAUUGCUACCGUCGCCUGUGAGCUCACCCAUGCUACAUUCACGCAGUCGCCCUGGAGGGCCUGCUACAAAUGGGCGACUUUCAACACCUUCCAGUGUUUCUGGGGGUCCGAUGAAUUCGGUGGCUCAACAGCGGCAGAUGAACUUUUGGGGCGCUCCAUUAAACGUUGAACAGCUUGUCAAGUCGCUAUCGACUGAAAUGCGGGCUGCACGGCAGCAGGCCGAGGAACUUGAGCAAGCGGGAACGUUUCUCAAUGCCAUUUUGACGUCCGGGGGUGAACCUCCUAAAGCACAGCCGCAAGCGCGAGAGCACGUUCCUCAGAAACAAUCGAAUGGACGUCCCAAAGGGACCAAGAUAGAACAUAUAACACGUUUCGCCGAUCCGCCAGCACCACCACCGCAACAACCUUUACCUGAGAAGCCCGACACUUCCAAAGCAAGUCCAGUCACCACCGCGUCGUUCGCCAAUCUUCUGAAGCGAAAUGACACAGCUAAACACCCUAACAAUUCGUCCCACUCCCCAACAAAUCCUCAAAACAGUCAAAUGCUGUCGUUGAUCGAAGCACUAUCGAUCGCUAAGAAAGAGCUUGAUUCUCAGGGAGCGAGAGUCAAGCAGCUAGAAGAUAUGCUGAAACAGGAGCGAACGGCCCGGGAGGACGCAGAAGAACGAGCUCGCAAGCUAGAGCAGCACGCUACAACACGGCCGGUCUCCAGGGUAGAAGAACAAUCAGAACCCGAUGCCGACUCGGACCUGGACCGGAAAACAACUGAGGAGUCUCUCGAUCGCGAUGGGGACGGCGAAGCUGAAGAGAGGACCAAACAUCUUCAACAAAAAUAUGAUCAAAUGCUGGGAGAGAUGCAAAGACUGAGAUCAGACGUGGACAAAUAUCAGCGACGCGCAGAAACAGCCGAAACAGAUGCCGCUAAUGCGAGACAGAGCCUUGCAGAGAUGAUUAAUAAACUGAGGGAAGAGAACGAGAAAGUCGAACCAUCUCCAGACCAUUCCAACGAAAGACGCUCACCUCCGGAAGUAGAUGAUGACGGCGAGGCGAUUGCGACUCACGAAGACCAAACCAGUUCGAAGUCUGUGGCGAAACGACCGCCACAUGCUAAUGGACACAUCCGGGCACCUAAGCUGCCUGAGCAACUGGAGAGGGCUAUGACAACUGUUCUGCAGGACAGAAGUGCCAAUGGAGAUGCCCUAGCUCAGUCGGCACCGUAUGUGUCAAUGCUGGGAGUGGUACUAAUAGGAGUUGGCUUAAUGGCCUAUCUCAAUUCAUGGCAGAAGUCCGAGAGAUGA